CCUGAAUUCUUCAAAAAAAAGCUUCGAUGCAUCUGGCGAGUUAUUUCCGUUGAGCCCUGCCAUUGAUGCUGCAUUCUGCGUAUGGAAACACAUCUGCGUCGUCUAUGCUGAAUGGUUUCAAGAAAUUCGUCUUAAAAAUUCAAUUUACAGUGCGCAGCCUAUCGGCCAUGUUCCGGCUGAUACCAAAGCGCAUCAGCGCCUCUCCGCCCCUCCGCCAACCACAAACCCUCCCCUCCGCCGUACGAUUCCUCUCCACCACACCUCGAUCUCAUCCUAGGCCUCAAAUAGCCCCGUUACCGAAAUAUCGACUGAUUUCCAACCCGCCGAUACAAGUCCGGUUCAACAGCACCUCGCGCUUCCAAAAAUUCAGGCAAGAUUACAAGGAAGCGUGGGGUAAAAUAUGGCAAACAAACCCAAUUGGCUUCCCGCUCACUCUAUUAUUCGUGGCGGUGAAUGCGGGGUUACUUGUAUACAUCAUAUACGACCGGGUUACUCGGGUAGACCCAUACCUUAACAGAUUUCCGCCAGAGGUGGCUGCACCCCUUCGCAAAGCGCUUCACCAUUCUGAAAUCCGACCAGAUCCUAUCUUGGCACUGCAGCUGUUUAGGGAGGCACUUGUUGUUGCCGAACAUGUUCAGAUGCACCCAUUCUCUGACGAAGUCCUGGGUAUAAGAAUCGCAGCCGCUGAAAUGUUGGAGAAAAAUGGGCUGGUCAAAGCAUCCAUUGACAUGCUUGAGAAGACUCUAGCAGACUGCAAAGAGUGGGUAACCAAUGGGAGGAGAAGGCAAAUGAUAAUUGAUAAACAAAGAGUCCACAAUCCCCCCGUUGUACCUGUUGACCCUGAAGCUGCGGAAGCAGCAAAAAAGGCACUAGAAAAGGAAGGAAUGGAGGCGAAGCUUCGUGACCAAGUUAUGAAAAAGGUCAUUGGCAUUAAAAUUAAACUAGCAGAUUUAUACUCGAGUAAUUCCGUGCAGGAUAUGGACAAAGCGGAGAAUUCCCUCAUUGGUGCGGUUAACGAGAGUGCUGGGGAGGUCCGAAGGCGCAGAGAAUUGAAUCUGCCGGUUUCGCGCGACGAUGGAGAUGACUAUGUUAACCUCACUGAGAUUGCUGCGUCGUGCAAUGACCUGGCUGAUUUAUAUGCCAAAAAGGGCAAACACCACCUCGCUGCGACCUUAUACAUACAGAGUCUAGGUUUGAUCAAAGAAGAGGAGGGCCAGUCGACGACGUGCGCGCAGGUUGUUCUCCUUAACAACAUCUCUUCCCAGAUGGCAGAGGAAGCUCAAAGGGCAACUGGAAAAUCAGCAUCGAUACCGAGGUCAGACGGCUCCCCGAUAUCUAAACCGGAGCUAUUAGAUGCUGCCGCACAGUGGGCAAAGAAGGCUUUGGAUGUUGCAGCACAUAUCAAACCGCCAGUCCGGAACGAAGAUUGCGAUCAAUCGUGUCUGGCUGCGCUGUAUAAUUUGGGCGAGAUUUCGGAGAUGCAGAAGAAAUUCGCAGAAGCCCGUGGUUACUAUGAGAAGGGCAGGCAAUUGGCCUCUGAGCUACAGUUUGAGGAGGGAAUUAAGGUAUCAGAUGAUGCUAUAAGGAGACUUAACAAAUUGAAAUAGGCCUGUUUACUUCUAUGGAAAAUUUUUUGUCUUACUUUUUGUACUAUAUAUUUAUACAAUGAUACCCUGCUACAUUGCUAGAUUGGUCUUCGAUGAAAAUACUAUGCCACCUCUAUUUACUUUUAAUCAACAGUGACAGGGGAACAAUGCAAAUAUGACACAGCUGAAGAUGGAAUC